AGAACUAAAUCUCCACAAUCAACAUGAACAACACCGACUAUAUGAUCCAUCUUCUUGCCAGAACCAUCAAGACAGGAAAGGAUGAAUUGAUCACUCCACUCAUCAUCCAACUCUCCGAUAUGCAAGUAUCCAGGGAUCUUCUCGAAAAACACAACCUCCCAGCUUUGGUAGCUGAGUAUGCUCCAUUCAAUGAAGCUGCCAAGAGCUUGUCAAAAAGCGUUCUUGCCUGGAAAUAUGAAGAAAUUGCACAGGAAAUGCCGCAACUUUUGAAGGAAUUUGUGCAAAUUGCAAAAGAGAAACGGGUCCCAGAAGAAUUCAUGGUUCGAUUGGUUACCUCUCUCAUGGAUUUUGAUGAUUUGGAUACUGUCAGAAGCUGCCUGGAAAUUCUAAACCAUUUCGAGUUCUCGUUGGACGAGUAUGAGGAGUUGGGGAUCUACAGAAAAGCAACACAAUUCGAAGGGCAAUUCCGAGAUGCUGAUGAAAUUAUUGCAAAAGUUGAUGUUUUGCUCCUUCAGGACGAGAUUCUUGAAGAGGAUGAAGCUGAAGUGGAAGCUGAUGAUCUGAUCGGCCAUGCAGAAGAGAAUGAGGAAGAAGAGAACGACUUCAGUGAUGAUGAGUCAGUUAUCAGUGAAACCGAAUCCGGAAUCUACACUGAUGAGGAGCUGGAGCUGGAAGAUCAUUUUGAAGCCGUACGAAAAGAGGAUCGCAAAGAUCAAGUAAUGACUGAAAUCUGCAUGAUGCUCCUAGCAGGUUAUAUCAGAUCCGGAAAUAGUGAAGUGAUCUCUGCAGCUAUUAAGUUCACCUGGGCUUUCGAUUAUUCAUUGGAGAUGUAUCAAAAGUACGACAUUCAGAAUUUGAUCUACAAUUUUGGAGUUCACAAUGACGAUGCCGAGCUUCUGAUGAACCACAUCAAAGAGCUUCAAGCAAGGGAACUUUUCAAUGAGAAUCGCAAAUUCUUCAAGAGAUUCUUGAGAACUUGUAUGGAAGAGAAGACAAUUACUGAUUCAGUUUUGUCUUAUUUGAAAGGAUUUCUGGAGAACGGGGAUGACUAUAUGGUUUCCUGCACAUUGAAGUUCCUUCUAGGAAUGCCGAUUACGCUGAGCCAAUUCAAGACUAGCCACGUGGAAGCCUGCCUUGAAAAUCUUGAAUCAGGACCUUCGGCACAACUUGGUUUUAUGCUGAAAAUGAAGAUUCAGAAGUUGGAGCACAGCGAAAAAUCUUGAAAAGCUGAGUUUUUUCUUUAAAAUUUCUCACUAAUUAAUUUUGCUUCAAUUUUUAAUAUUUCUGGUUUUUUAAUUGUUUUUUAAAAUUUCUAAUUUGGUACUUUUAAUAAUUAAUUGUUGUUUCUAAUAAAGUUUAAUAUUUUAAAAU